AGAGGCCCUUGACUUCACAACAGUCCUGCCAAGGGUGCUGUCAUUGUAUGUAUUUUCUUACCUGGAUCCCCGGAGUCUUUGUAGGUGCGCACAGGUAAGGAAGACAACUUUGUGCCAGGAUUUUUUCAGAACCCCAUCACUGAUGAUGAAAAUAUUUUUCCAAAAUGGAAAACUGCAAUGACAGAUUAAACCUCAAGGUGAAUUUGUUAUGCUGCAGCUGCUGUUAAAAAAAAAACUUACAGCUAAGUGAUAGGCUGAAGCACAAGCACACAUUUUUGGGUGCCACUUCAGUGAAGGAGGGUGAGAAUAUGAUGGUAAUAUGGAUGAAAAAUGGUGCAAACAGGUGGGUAGCAAGGCAUACCGGGCUCCGGUGAAAAAAGAUCCCUGAAACUACGGAGAGAGGGCUGGGGGAACACAGUCCUGAGCAGGAAAAAAGAAAGGGGAAAAAUGGUCAGAAGAGGAGAGGCUCUCCUCAGGAAAAAGACUGGAUCAGCUUGAGAGUGGAAGCCUUGAAAAAGAUUGCCACUGGGCAAAAAGGUAAACUGCCAGCGGUAUACAAAAGAAUGCUGGUAGUGAGGGAAAAAUAAAUUCCGCUGCGUCAAUGCUCCUGUGAGAGCACCAAUGCUCCAAUGAGAUAGCAGGAAAAAACUGGUGACUGCAAAGCAGACUGUUUGCUUGCUAAGACCUCAGUGUGUACCUCAAUGUUGGAGUAUUGACACAGCGGAGUGAGUUGGCUUAAUAGGCAGCUUAUUAAAUUGAUUGAGACCUUGUUGAUUACCAGGUUGAUUAAAUGCUGGUCUAAUAGAAAGGCAUCCCAACCUCAUCUGCAUAGUCUCAGUAGAUGGUUGAGAGCUCAUGUGAAUGCUGAGGUUGCCCUUGGCAACUGUGGGACACGAAUUGGUCCCAUCUCCAGGAUGACAGAAUUGGCAUGAGUCUGUUGCAAGAGCCCUUCCAGAAUCGAGAGACAAAUUGGGACCCUGUCGGCAAAUCCAUGAAGCCAAAAUAGUUCUUUAGCAAAGAUGUCUGCCAUCUGGACAGCAGAGUGUAUCUUAGGCAGAGGAACUAAAUGAGCAGCUUUAGAGAAGCGAUCGACCACCAUUAGUAUUACAGAAAGACCUCAGAAGCGAGUGAGACCCAUUGUGAUAUUGGUAGAGAUGUGCUGCCAGGUUCGAUCUGGAGUAGGCAAUGAGAGAAGAUGGCCCACAGGUGCCUGACACCGACAGGAGUCCUUAGCUCGUUUCCAUAUGGGGAAAAAAGUCACAAAGAGUCACAAAGAUGUUACGUCUGUACUCAUAGACAGCCACCAAAAGUGACGGCAGAGGAGUUCCAGAGUGGGAAGGCAUCCAUGGUUUCCCGCAAGUCUGGAAGAAUGACCCCAUUGCGACACUUCCUGUCAGGCUUGUGCAAAGACAUAGGUUUUAUCUGGCAGAGCUUUGGAUGGAGCUGGGUUGGCAGAUUGAGCUGCAGCGACUUUCUGUUCUACCGCGGGUUCAGGCUUUUUGUUGGGUGAACCAAGAAAUUGAGAGACCACAGCUUCCACUCCAAUGUCAGAUGCAUCCACCUCGAUCUUGAAGGGCUGAGUGUGAUCUGGUUGCAGAAGAAUAAGAGUGGUAGCAAGUCACUCCUUCAGGUCCUCAAAGACCAUUUGCACUUCAGGAGUCCACUUACCAUGAUUGGGCCCCUUCUUAGUUAAAUCUGUGAUGGGAGCUACAAUCAUACUGAAUCCCCAACAAAAGUUGUUGGUAGACCUCAUCAAAUGCUGGAUCUGUUUGAGGGAGAUUGGUGCUGACCAGUCCUGCACUGCUGCAACCUUGCCGGAAUCUAUUUGAAGACUGGUGGAGCACAGAAUAUGGUCCAGGAAGGCCACAUCUGAUUUUUGAAAGUCUCACCUCUGAUUUGUGAAACUGGUUUUCCCAGAGCUGCUGAAGGACCCAGUGAACGUCCUGAAUAUUUUCCCCAUUGGUUGCAGAAGAAGAUGACACCACAAAGUCGUCAAGAGGAUCCCAGCAGAUGUCAUUUAUGAAGGUCUGGAAGACAGCAGGAGCAUUGCAGAUUCAAAUGGCAUCACUAGAUACUCACAAUGCCCAGCAUGAGUAUUGAACAUUAUAUAAACCACAUACUUGUAAUUUCCCUUGUGUGUUGAAACCGGUUUUCAAUUCGACUCCUUCCUGUGUUCUGUUUAAGUUGUUCUUCCCCUUUGAGGUCAGGUUUGUGAAGAGCUUCGAAUGUGGAUUCUCAAGCCAGGGCAUCCCUAGUCAGCUGGGAUAGAAUGUACGCCACCAUUAAUUCAUCAGAUGGUAAAGAUGAUGGUUGCAUGGAGAAGACAAUAUCAUACUGAGUGAGGAAUUAUCUGUCACAGUGAACAAGGAGAGUAGCCAAGGAGGAGGAACCCAGAGGAAUGGAUAUUGCCGCCUGCAUCAUCUCUCUCAUCUGUUCUCUCUUAUCUUGUAGCUCAGCACUCAUUUCAGCUGUUUAAUUUACUGUGGUAGUAAUGCUGAUUUUUGGCACACCAGGAUGUGAGGCAUAUCUCCUGUCCCUGCAGGAUUUCUUUCUUCAGCUUCAAACAUUCUCACUGCAGGUGCUGCUGAGCAGCACUAAAGUAAAACGACUGGCCGAAUCCUCAAGUGCAGGACUUUUUGCAUCUCCAGAAGUUUCAGAAGAGCCGAGGAGGCAGAGAAACAGGUCAAGCUGGUGGAAGGCAGUCAGUAAAGAGGUGAGUUGGCACUGGAAGGAGCUGACUGAGCUGGACCAGCUGUGGAUGCCCAAGUGCCUGCGGUUAGGCUGGUACAUCAACUUCACACCCACACCUUUCGAGCAGUGUGUAUGGAAAAGGCACUACAUAGAAACAGUUAAGGAGCUUCAUAUCAGCAGACCAAAGACUCCUACAAAGGACCAGUUUGUUGUUCCGGAGGUGAAGGCGAUAAGCCAUGAAGUUCCAGAUCUGGCAGUGAGCUGCGCAAAGCCGGUCCAGACAGCACCUCCAUCUCACAAGGGAGGGUCCACAAUAAGGAAGGAGCUCCCACCUUGGAGGGGCUCUGACAGACACCCAACUGACACCCUACGCUUCAACUAUCUGGAGAACUUUGAUCCCAUUGAGCAGGCACACCAAGCGCAACGUAAAGGCAAAGGGAUGACCACCAAUCUCUGUAAACGAGAAAACAGACCAAAGAAAACACCUUCUGCUUCUACGUACAAACUGCAGAAAGCAAAGUCACUUAUGUUCCUCUCAUUAGAUAUGAAUGCUAGCCAGCGGGUACAAAGCAGGCCUAAUUGGGCAACAAACAAGUCAGAAGACUAUCCUGUCACCAAGGAAACUGCCAAGAGAUUGGCUCAGACUACUGAGUGGAAUGCUGGGAUGUAUCCACGUCCUGUGAGAGCACCAAUACCUCAGAUGAGUGAGAAGGGACUGAAGGCUUCCCAGCGUACACAGAGGAGCUCUCCAACAGUGCCGCUAUUUGAGGUACAGCCAUGGAAGAUCCCUCCUUCAGAUCAGGGGUCUGAUGAAGAUUGAGCCUGUUUGCAGAGAAUCCCAAUGCACAACGCAGUCUCACUCUUCAUUAUGCAAGUCACUCUGGACUUCAUGUUCAGAAUGCAACUCUGACUCCUGUAAAUGCUCUAUUAAAAUGGAAGCUUCAUCCUUA